AUGUCCACAUCCAGCCAGUGCAGGUACAAAUAUGAGGAGUACAAAGAGACAGCUGAUUGGCUGCUGGCUCACACAAACAUCCGGCCAAAAGUAGCCAUUAUCUGUGGAUCAGGUCUUGGAGGCCUGUCAGACCUGCUGAUCAAUAGGACUGUGUUUGCUUAUAAGGACAUCCCACGUUUCCCCCACAGUACAGUAGCAGGACAUGCAGGUCAGCUGGUGUUUGGGGAGCUAAAAGGAAAGCAGUGUGUUUGCAUGCAAGGCCGCUUUCACUUUUAUGAGGGCUAUGACACUGCCACGGUCACAUUCCCAGUACGCAUCUUCUUCCUUCUAGGAGUUGAGACCUUGAUUGUUACUAAUGCUGCAGGAGGGUUAAACUCCAAUUUUAAGGUGGGAGACCUUAUGAUGAUCAAGGACCACAUUAAUAUUCCUGGCUUUGCAGGUCAGAAUCCUCUGUGUGGCCCAAAUGAUGAGAGGUUUGGUGUACGCUUUCCCUGCAUGUCAGAUGCAUAUGAUAAAGACUUGGCCCAUCUGGCCAGGCAGAUAGCCAAGGAGCAGGGCUGUGCUAAUUUCCUCCAACAGGGAGUCUACUGUAUGUUGACUGGACCGACCUACGAGACCAUAGCUGAAUGUAAAUUGCUUCAGUUACUUGGGGCAGAUGCUGUAGGAAUGAGCACAGUACCUGAGGUGGUGGUGGCACGUCACUGUGGCCUGCGUGUCUUUGGCCUCUCCCUCAUCACCAACAAGGUGGUGUCUGACUACAGCAGUGAGGAGCGUAGCAACCAUGAGGAGGUUCUUAAGACCACAGUCAUGCGUACUCAAGACCUUCAGCGCUUGAUCGGGCAUCUCGUGGAAAAGAUUUAA